GCCAGACAUUAACAACAACCACGCCGGGCUGUUGCAGUGCGAGCCUCGUGACUCGAACGUCACAGGUGAUUCGAAAUAUUUUCGAACUCGAAUUCUUGCACCUGGUCAUCCUCUCGUGAUACACGUUAUUCGAUUAAAAAGGUGCUAUACUUGCUGUCGCACAGUGGAUUCUAUCGGUUACAAUUAAUAGUGAAACUGGAAUUGAUUGGACAUUUGAGACUGGAUGAUACGAGUACCUUGAUGAUACCUGAAGAAGUUUUUAAAAGGAGUAUCGAAGAAGUGUGUGAUAUUUGACAGAGUGCGCGAGUGACGGUGAAGAAACAGUAAUUCAAAGUUUCUGUUGAGCUAUCGAUGUGGAAGAAUGUGGAAGGUUUAAGUUCGCCGUUGAAAUCGUGGAGGUUUUACGGAUCGAGAGAACAAUGACGAUCGACGGAUAAAAAUAUUGCGGCAGAAAAUUCAGAGGAGGGUGAUCGAGGGCUCGUUUCGGGGGGGUUGUGGAUAUUAUGUUAGCAAAGGGAUUAUGCGUGAUUUUGAAGGUGUUGGCGUUGGCGGGAAGCGUCUCGGCGUUUCUGCCGGAGGACCUCGAAGAUCGAACUGUUCCUGCCAAUCUUCAGGAAGAAUGCGCCUCGAAAUGUCCGGACCUCGAUUUGAAUCAGAAUCGAACGGACGACUUGAGUUCAGAAGUGGGAUGCGGAGUACGAUGCAAGAUCGACCAGUGCACAAAGGGCUGUGGAGCGUGGCAACGAGCACUCGACACGAGCUGUCAAGCUGUCUGCAAUGGAACGCAAGAACUGCUGCCACCCAAAGAACUCUAUUGCGUUCUGGGUUGUCACGAUGCGCUAAAUCGUUACUUCCAACAGUUGAAAGCGGAAAUAGGCAUCCCACCGGCACCAGCUUUGGUGGCGGACUCGCUGACUGCAACUUCUCUGAGACUCGAAUGGAAGGGAAUAGACAUCGAAAGACGUGGAGGAGGCAUCUCGUACCUGGUGCAAUGGAGGUACGAAGAGCUGGCUGAAACUUGGCAAUACUGCAGAAAUCAGUCCUGGGGGAAAGAUGACCAAAUCUUGGUGGAAAACUUGCAGCCAUACACGAAGUACAGGUUUCGCGUAGCGUUGCUUCUAAAAUCGUCGCAACACAAUCCCGAGCCGAUAGUCUCAGCUCCGAGCGUCGUGAUACGAACGCUAGCAGACGGUUUACCAACCUCAGCACCGGUAAUUGUAAGAGCGGCGGUGGUAGACAGCUGCCGUGUCUCUGUGUCUUGGGAACCAGGCCCAUUUCCAAACGGGCCACUUUUGUCUUAUGUCCUGCGUCUGCAAGGGGCUGACUACUCCCAGCUUAAGGACAUACCGGCAUCAGAGAACACGGAUCACUACAUGUUUCAAAACCUCGAACCGAACAAAAAUUAUUCUAUAAGCGUGACCAUGAGGAACGGAGUGGGCGAGGGGCCUCCUGCGGUCAUUUACAUCACAACAACCCCGGAACCAGCUGUGAAAGACACUCAACAACCAAUACUGAUUCUGGGAGGACAACACGUCGUGAUGAAGCAGGAUGCCGACAUGCUCGACGACCCCAGCGUGGUUUACGAGAACACGAGCACCAUUCGAGGCGUCGCGAUUCACGUAGCCUCCGCGCAGCUCUUCGUCUCCGACUCCAUGGGAUACGUUUAUAGAACCUCCAUAACGAAACGCACGAAACCUACGGUCAUUCUAAGCCCGAGUCAAGCGAACUUCAAACCCUUGAGCUUGUCGGUUGACUGGCUGAACCUUCAUUUGUAUAUUCUGGGCGAGGUGAAGCACGCGACCACGGUUUGGCAGAUAGCUAGAUGCAAUCUGGAUGGAAGAGGUCUGACGGUGGCGGUCGCUGGUUUCUUGACGCGACCCACUCACAUCGAGGUGGACCCGUACAAUGGAUACUUGUUCUGGGUCAACAGGGGCGGUUUGUACAGAUUGGAUCUGGCUGACAUUAGCAACGGAGUGAAGCACGAGGUUCAGCCAUAUUUAAUCCUUGAAGACGCUCACCUGGGAGCCUUCACCGUCGACCACACGAACUUCCGGCUGCUCGUGCCCCACCACAUCCAGAACACCGUGAUAUCAGUUUCGCUGGACGGUCGCGAAGUCUUGGACCUCCGAGCGAAUACUCAGCAACCAAAAUUCAAGAACGUAGUAUCCCUAGCAAUGGCGAACGGUCUAUUCUACUGGACCAACGGGGAGGAAGUACUGAUAGAGGGAUACCAUUCAGGACAGAACAGAUAUUUUCACAAUGCCUAUCCCGAUAGGUCGAACGGUUCAUUUGUCAGUGUCAAUGUACUUAUGGAUGCGAGCCAGCCCGUUCCUGUUCCGGUGAAUCCUCCUACGGGAGUUCAAGCUGUUCUUGGAGUGGAGAGGGCUAAGGUUUCCUGGCAAGCGCCUCAUCUGUUGGGCGGCCAGGGCAAGGGUGCUUGGCAGAAUUGGUCAUACGAGCUGGAGAUCAAGGACGAGUCCACGGGAGAGACGAUCCAUCAGAAAGAUAUCGCGGGGUCGUCGCAUACUGUGCAUAAUCUUAGGGAGAAGUCGGAGUACUCGAUCAAGGCGGCUGCUUAUACGAGCGCGGGGAGAGGCCCGUGGUCCACGGAAUUCAGAGGACAAACUUUAAGAGACGGAUCGCACGCGUCCAUCUUGUGGUCCGCGAACGAAGGUCUCCUAAGAAGCGACGUAACCGGAGAGAACAUCGACACCCUGAUAUACAAAGCAAGCUUGAAAGAAACAGAGACGGACUACCACAUCGUCGACGUCACUUGGUACAAGGAUGUUCUGUACAUCGUGGGAAACAAUUCGGUGUUGUAUCGAUACAACAUCACCAGCCAUCAGAAAAUGAAGAUGAACAUUCACUCUGUCGGCAGCGUGGCCGUCGAUUGGCUGUCGAAGAAAUUAUACUGGGCUAAUCCAAAGCAGCAAAUUAUUACAAGAGCGGAUUUAAAUGGAUCUCACCAGGAGCCCAUGUCGAUUCUAGCUAUCGUGAAGGAAUUGAUGAUCGACUCUUUGGAGGCGUAUUUAUAUUGGUCCACAGGACACGCAGUCGAAGUGGCACGUUUGAACGGACAGGACAGGAGAUACUAUCAUUCUGAUGAGAUAUUCAACGGCAAACAAGUGAUGGGUCUAACGUUGGACACGGAAAAUCGAUACGUUUAUUGGAUUGUUCGGAGUUAUGAGAGUGGAUCGAUCGUCUAUCGUGCACCGACUUCUGAGAGGAUUCCAAUGAGCCACAAAAUUGUGCCUGAAAAGGUUUCAGCUCUGCAGCACCCCAACAUGCAGGGCCCUCUAUGCUACUUUUCAGAACACCUUCUCUGGCUCCAAGAUGAUCGAAACGCAGUGAUAGGCGACUUGUCCGGUCAAAACACCGCAGUCAUAAACGGCAUCACUCUAUCAGGCCUUCACAUGGUAGCCGUUAUGGACCCCGCUCUUCAUCAGUACCCAAAAAACCUGACAUCGGAGACCGUAGUGGUUCUCCCAAACGCGGUCAACUACAGUAGCAUCAGAGUCGAAGGGAUUUGGAGGAACUUCAACAUAUCCUGGGACCCUGUGGAGAACAUCAACUACGGGACUGUGUUCUACGAAGUGAAAUUCGCGGAUUAUAUUAACACUAACUCGAAUCCGGAGAUCACGACGGAGACCUCGAUGCCGUAUAAUAAUUCGGAGCAGAUCUUGCCGUAUUCGGUUCUGGAAGUGACGGUGAAGGCGUUCACGUAUUGGGAAACUGCACAUCAUACUAGGAAGAUAUUGAGAUCGCCUCAAAGUGUACCGACUCAGCCGACCAAUCCUAGAGCGUUCAUAGAGUUCCAUAAAGAACCGCUGAGCGAAAACGUUGACAUAUUUGCAAUCUUUAGAUGGGACCAACCGGAGUUCACUAACGGUUUGAUCACCGGCUACACGGUGCAAUGCUGGUUCAUAGAAAACCACUCAGAGAUCCAAAUCUGCGAUCAAUCCUUAAUCCCAGUCUCGUUGUUGGAGCACACCGUACAAGAUCUCCUCCCAAACACGACUUACUACUUCCAAGUCAGAGCACACACCGCAAUCGGUGCGGGACCAUACACAGAUGUCAUUAACAUCUCCACGAUCUACGAAAACCCAGUGCCACAAUUAUUAGUAGCCACUUCGGACGCUGUUAGAGUGUCAGACCUGGAUCAGGAGGUGAAUUACACGAUCACUCGGCACAUUGCGAUCGAGGUUGCGUACCUGGCGGCAGAGAGCAAAAUUUAUUGGAUAAACGAGAUGCGAGAGCUGGUAACGUCGGAGUUGAAUGGAGCAAAUGCUACAAAGAUGUUGACGUUGAGCAACAGUGCUCUGAGUAUAACUGUGGAUUGGGUAGCGAGAAACUUGUACUGGUCGGAGUCAAACUAUCGGGAUAAUAAUGGUCGUAUUAUGAAGCUGGAUUUGACCACCUGGCAAGUGGGCAUUCUUAAAUAUGAGAACAUCGUUGCGUCUGGGAGACGUAUAGUGAAUCUGGACGUUUUACCAUCUACGGGAUCAUUAUACUGGAUAGAACUAACGAAAAAAGACACCGGCGAGAUCAUCCAGUCAGACCUGAACGGUAAAGGCAGACGACCGUUCUUCAACCACCAAGACGACUGCUCGUGUCCAUACCAACCCACCGUGAUUUCCGUGAUGACGAUCGAUAGCACCAACUUCCAGAAGCCCGUCAUGUACUGGGUCUCUCUAGAAGGCCACCUGAACAUCGCCGACAUCGACGGCUGCGUCUGCAGUUCGAUAGUAAGCGCGAGUUUCAACAAAGGGCUACCACCCACCUCGCUAACAGUCGACAAGAUGAACAUUUACUGGUCCAACAUGGCGGAGGACCAGAUUUACUUCGUGAACAAGAAGUACCCUGAUGAUGGAGAGAUCAAGCACUUCUAUUUGCCAACCGUGCGCAGCAUCAAAGCCCUAGGGAAGUCGUUGCAGUCCUAUCCCGUUACCAACUGCCUGAUACCUCAUCAGGUGUCGUACAAUGUCGAAGAAGUGAAGAAAGAAGCGAAUAGCAUCACCGUCAGGCUGCCUCGACCUGUUCCCCAAUAUGGGUGCGAGGAGUACAACUUGCCAACUACGCUGUACACCAUAUACGUGUCUCAGUGUUUGGAGAACGAUCCCAACAUGUGUGAAGAUACUAACAGAACGAAGCUGCAGACCUAUGAGACGAAGUACGAGAUAAAGAACCUGAAGCCGUUCACGGAGUACAGGUUGAAGCUGGCCUUGAGCAACUACUACGCUGACUUAGAGUCGAUGAGCUUAGAGUUCGGGUCCGGAGUGGUGCUCAGAACCGGAGCUGGAGCUCCCACUCCGCCGGAAAACGUGACCGUCGAAGCGCUAACGCCAACCUUGGCCAUCGUAUACUGGAUGCCUCCCAGAAUACUAAACGCUGCGACGGUCAGGUACGAGAUUCACUGGAGACUGUUUCGACCGAUCAAUGGAGCACGACAGAAAGGGGAGCAGCUGAUAAAGGGCAACGAACGCACGGCAGAUGGUCGAUUCUACAGCAUGCUGGAGCCUUGGUUGCCAGAUCAGGAGUAUCACGUCUUCGUUCGUGCCUAUCCUGCUCAAUUCAAUAAUGUCUUCAAUGAUAGCGAAGUUCGGUCCGUCAAAAUGUACCCGGAGCCUAAUAAUCUGACGCUGAGCGGAGUCAAUGUGAAUAGUUUGAAUGUAACGUGGGAGCCUACUGUUAAUCUGACGAUCAGGUAUACUUUGGAGUACAAGGAUGUCGCUAUGGAGGACUGGCAAGUGGCGAACGACUCUAAAAUGGAUAAACACAAGGUUACAUAUUUUAUCAAGAAGCUGCAACCACGGACUUUGUACAAGUUUAGGCUGCUUUUGAGGUAUCCUAAUUAUACGAAGGACUUUGUGUGGCCGGCUGAUGGGAGGUUCACUUUUCAAACAUUAGGUGAUGUACCAAGUGCACCAGGAAUGCCCACAGUAACAAAACUCCGUAGUUCCGUCUAUCAAUUAAAUUGGGAACCCGCUCAAGCCCAUGGCUCGCAAAUCACUCUAUACCGUGUAGAAGGAAUGAAGAUAAACGAGAUCAACGAACAAAUUGAUUCCAGCGAGAAUGCCAGCUGGAAGUUGUACUAUAAUGGAACGGAUAAUUACUGGAUAAUUACCGGAGACAUGGACGACAAAUACCGGUUUCGGGUUCAAGCAAGAAACGCGUACGGAUUUGGUGCUUGGAGCAGAUAUAGUCCCAUAAUUGAUUUGACGGAAACGACAGGAGGGAUAUUGGCGGCGCAACAACAUCUUGGUUUGGUGCUGGGACUUAGUGUUCCUGUUAUCACUAUUAUGCUCAUCUGCUUUUGUUACUUUCUUUGCCCGCUUUAUCGACAACGCAAGGAAGACAAAAAGGCGGUUUUACCUCCGCUAGUGAGCGACGUAGAGCUGGCAACCUUACGCGAAAUACCGAGAGGAAACUUCGUUCAAUCCAACGCUCUCUACGCGUCCACCUUGCAAACAGACUCUGACGACUCGACGCUUCCCAAAAUCCGCAGAGAGCAAAUAACACUAGCGAAAUUUUUAGGCAGUGGAGCCUUUGGAGAAGUGUUUCAAGGUAACGCAAAAGAUUUGGAAAGACCAGGUAUCACGCCGGUUGCCAUAAAGACUCUCCGAAAGGGAGCAUCGGCGCAGGAGAAGACAGAGUUCCUCCAAGAAGCCAGACUCAUGAGUCAUUUUCGACAUAAGCACGUGCUCAGACUUCUGGGAGUUUGUUUGGACACGGACCCACCAUUGCUGGUGCUGGAACUGAUGGAAGCUGGAGAUUUAUUAAGUUAUUUGAGAGCCAGCCGAUCGCUGCAGCCAUCGGAUCCACAUGCUUUACGUUUGCAAGACUUGCUCGCCAUGUGUGAGGACGUGGCACGGGGAUGUCGUUAUUUGGAGGAACUGCAUUUUGUACAUAGAGAUCUCGCGUGCAGAAAUUGUCUGGUGUCUGCCAGGGAUAGGGAGAACCGGGUUGUCAAGAUUGGUGACUUUGGACUUGCCAGAGAUAUAUACAAGAACGAUUAUUAUAGAAAGGAAGGAGAAGGAUUGCUCCCAGUUCGGUGGAUGGCUCCAGAAUCACUAGUGGACGGUGUAUUCACCUCCCAAAGUGACGUCUGGGCAUUCGGUGUCUUGAUGUGGGAGAUAACGUCGUUAGGACAGCAGCCAUAUCCUGCCAGAACGAAUCUUGAAGUGUUGCACCACGUCCGUGCAGGUGGAAGAUUGCCUAAACCCUUAAACUGUCCACCUGUCCUUCAUCAGCUGAUGCUGCGUUGUUGGAGUGCGGCAGAUGCUAGGCCCAGUUUUAAAGUUUGCCUGGAGAACAUAGUUAGCCUUCGUAGUACUAUAGAGGAUGCACCAUUAAGUCCGGUACACGCUGGCCAUUACUUGGCUAGAAGAGGCGUGUCUAACAUGGCUUACUUUGCCGACGAGAAUCAAAAUCAUAACUCAGGUAGGUUUACACAUCAUGCUGCUUUCUCUAUCAAUGUUUCAUCACAAUUCGUGACAAGAUUCUCCAACGAAAUUGAUGUCAAUGAUCGACUGAUUUUCUCAGGAAACUCUUGGAAAUCCAGCAGCUCCGAAGGCAGUCGAGACAUGCAGCCGUUCCUUCAGAAUUCUCAUAAUGCGACGCUCACAUCGCAGUCCAGCGAGACACCGAAAUAUCUGGAGCUGUUGGCGGAUAACGAAGACAUUAUUUUAAGGGAAAAUUCGACGAACGGAUACGAAGUGCCUCGGUCAAUUCAUAUCUCUCAUCAGAACCUGAAUAAUGCAAUUAAACCUAGUACAAAUGUAGAUCUAAAGAACAAUUUGCAGUCUGAUCCUCCGCAGGAGCAAAAAGAUUCGAGCGACGCUAAAGAAGUGGGAAAGAAAUGCGAUAAGAGGUCUUCUGUAUCAAGUUUGAGUUUACCUGAGCGUAAAAGAGCAUCGAUCACGAGUAUGACUGAUAAAUCGAAUGCUUCAGACAUUGCACAGUCGGGAACACCUACUGUUAAAGCAAUCUUGAAGAGAGACUCUUUCACGUCGCUGACUGAUCAGAGGAAGAAUAAAAGAAACAUGGCGGAACGACGAGGAUCAGAGAUAAGUUUAGAAGGUAGAAGUUCUAGUUCUUUAAGCUCGAGCAUCAGUUUAGCUCCACCCACGCGACCCAGCUCAUCUUUAAUUAGUUCACAAAAUGUUCUUCCACUGAAGAACAGUGUCAUCGGUGGAGUUGGGGAAACUAUGGUAAAUGAUGGAAAUGUCACAAAAAACACAUUACCAAAAAUUCAAAGGACUCAUUCAAAUUUACAAAAUGGUAAAGCUAACAUACCUUUGGUGAUAAAUAGUGCAUUAUUAAAUUUGUUAAGGCAAACGCCGGUUGUGGAAGAUGGCAACAAUAUAGUCACGUACACAAAUAUUAAUACAGACGCUGUCAGAGUGAAUGGAUCUUGAGAUUGUUGUUAAAGAUGAGGA